UACUUUUCAGUACAGCGAGUAAAGUAGCGCGAAUCGCACGUGGAACUGCUGCGUCGUCGGGUUUUCUGGCGCCCAAUUUACCAUGCGUCUCCACGUGGUGCCGCACGUGGACGUCGUCGGAUGACGGAACAAACUGCAUUCGCUUGUUGAAUGUGGUCGCGAGUGGACGUGCUUUUUCGGGACUCGAUGCAAGUGUGGAAAUUUGUUUUGACGCGGAAAGUUGCACAAAUUUGAUGUAAAUUUAUUGGUGAAUUUUUGUGGAAUUCGUGUAUUUUUUGCCAAUUUUAAAAAUAUUCAAAAAGUAUUAAAAAAGGAAAUAAAUACCAAGAAGUCCCAAAAAAAGGUAAAAAUAAAAUAAUUGCUGUCGGCUGAUCUUGACGUCGUCGUCGUCGUCGCCGUGCCACGCUCGAAAGAAGGAAGUAAUCGAAAAAAAGGAAAAUUUCGGCUGCAAGGAAGGAAAUUCGAGCAGCGAGUCAAAGUGGUUAUUGGAGCGGGAAAUGAUCGAAAUAAUUGGAAAGUGAAGUUACCGGGCUGCGCCAUUAGGAGAAAAUGUGCCUGCCGGGAAAGCUCUUUAGUGCACGGUGAAAAUAGAGCGGUGAGAAAGAGUGAGUGAGGAAUGUUUUCCACGUAAUUUUCCGAGUGCGCAAACCGGUGUGGGUGUGUGUGUGUUGAGGAAGUGAUCAAUUCGAGGGGAAAAUAAGGUGUAGGCGAUUUUUAUAUUGGAUAUAAACUUGCUGCGAAGUUGGGAAGCUGGCGAAGAAUUUGAAGUGUAUCAGAUAUCUGGAUAGAAAAGAGGCAGAUAAACAGGAAGUAAUUUCACCGUGAAAUCAGUCAAAAUUUUUUAAAGUCAAAUUAGCCACGAGUGAAUCAGAAAAGUGUGCAACGGCGGCAUCACAUUUGUCACUCUUCUAAACAAAAACCAAUAGGAGAGUUACGCGCCACCCACAACCCGGUUGACGGUUACGGAUCAUCGUCGCGUGACCACGCGGGAGUAGCACGGCGGGAAAAAGCAAUUAAAAUGGGUGUGACCUCGUCGUCACGCCAGGACGUGAGCAUGCUCUCGGACGAGGACGUGAAUUUCGAUCACUUCCAAAUCCUGAGAAACAUCGGAAAGGGCAGCUUUGGAAAGGUCUGCAUCGUCCAGAAGCGCGACAGCGGGAACCUGUUUGCGAUGAAGUACGUCAGCCGGAACGCGUGCAUCGGCCGGGGUGCGCUCGGCGGUGUCCUCAAAGAGGUCGAACUGCUGGCCUCGCUGGAGCAUCCCUUUCUGGUCAAUUUGUGGUUCUCGUUUCAAGACGAGGAGGACCUCUUUAUGGUGUGCGACCUGCUGGCCGGUGGUGAUUUGCGGUACCAUUUGAACCAUCAGGUGGAAUUUUCGGAAGCCAGCGUUGCCUUACUGGUGUGUGAGAUCGGUUCCGCCCUGGACUACCUGCAGAAGCAUCGCGUCGUGCACAGGGAUAUCAAGCCGGACAACAUACUGCUGGACGAGGAAGGACACUCGCACCUCACCGACUUUAACAUCGCAACCCGGUUACAGCCGGACGGGCUGGCCUGCAGCAUGUCUGGCACCAAGCCGUACAUGGCGCCGGAAGUUUUCAUGUGUGCCUUAGAGGAAAUCGCCGGAUACAGCUACCCGGUGGACUGGUGGUCGCUGGGCGUGGUGGCGUACGAGAUGCGUUCCGGCCAGCGCCCGUUCGUGGUGCACUCGUCGACGCCGCUCGUCGAGGUGAAGAACGUCCUGAACACCCAGCCCCACUUUCCGCGGCACUGGAGCGACGCGUUCAUCGAUCUUCUCGGGAAGCUCCUCAGCGUCCACCCUGGGGCCCGCAUCAGCAGCCAGCGCGAGCUCCAGCAGACCAAGUUUCUGCGCUCGAUGAGCUUCGAGCACGUGCUGGCCAAAAAGACCAACCCGCCGUUCAAACCCUCCAAGGAUCACCUCAACUGCGACCCCAGCCUGGAGCUGGAAGAGAUGAUCAUCGAGACGAAGCCGCUGCACAAAAAGAAGAAACGGCUCGCCAAGCAGCGCUCGAUCCACCGGGACAACUCCAACCAGGACCAGCUCAGCCAGCUGGACGCCCAGCUGCUGAAGCAGUUCCUCGUGUACAACCGCUUCAAGGAGCAGAAGCGAAAAGCCAUGGAGAAGAAGGAAUCGGACUGGCAGCAGGAGCUGGACGAGGCGAUGGCCAGCUCGGAGGUGGUGUCGCGGUCCGAGUCCAACGGGGCACGGUUGGCCACGAUCAGCGAGGGGGCGCCACCGGUGGAGCAGCUGCCGCAGGACACGAAUGGGGCGGCCAAGACACCGAAUGGCGACAGUAGCAGCGGGGAAGCGAAUGGGCGGGCCAAGUCACCAUCGCAGCAGGCCCAGCAGGACAGCUUGGACUACAUCGAUCGGACGCCUUCGCCCAAACCGAGCAUCUAGUAGUCGUGGUGUUAUUGUAGUGUGACGUCAUCGUAGAAGUAGUUGUUGUUCGCGCGUGUGAGGAAGCGAAUUGUGAUAAAUUAGAGAAGAGUUUACUUUGAUGGAGAGGAAAG